CAUCAAGGAGCUCACCUCGUUACUGCUGAAGUCUCGCUUCUCAUACUGUACGCAAGCAUGCCUAUUACGCUGUACUAUUACCCAGCAAGUCCGGGUCCGAGACUGGUCCUGGCCACAGCUAAAGCAAUCGGCCUAGAUGUCGACGUCAGACUUGUUGAUCUGCUCGCGAAGGAGCACCUAAAGGAGGAAUAUCUCAAGAUUAAUCCAGAACAUACGAUACCAACUUUAGACGACAACGGCUUUAUUAUAUGGGACAGCCAUGCGAUCGCCACGUACCUCGUGUCGCAGUAUGGAAAAGACAACUCUCUGUAUCCGAAGGACACAAAGAAGAGGGCACGAGUUGAUCAACGGUUGUAUUUCGAAGCUACAACGCUUUUCCCACGGUUGAAGGCCAUUAUAUUUCCACUGCUUUUCCUGGGUAAAAACGAAGUAGAGCCAGAUAAGAAGACAGCCCUCUAUGACGCCCUGGGACUCCUUGAGAAGUACCUGGAGCCGACGGGCUGGGUGGCUGGAGACGGCGCCACUAUCGCCGACAUCGCCUGCGCCGCCACGGCUUCCAGCAUUCUGGAAAGCGGCGUAGAUUUUACUGCGUUUCCGGGGACUCGGAGCUGGCUGGAGCGCUGCAAUCGCGACAUUCCUGGCUUCGAGGCAGCCAACGCCGAGGGGGCGAAGCAGCUCGGCCAAGUUAUCAUCAGCCGGCUUCCGCCAAACGCUCUGGCUCUCUGAGCAGAACAGCAGGCGGAAGACGUCUCAGCACACAAAGAAAACUAACUAAACAAUUUCCUUUGACCUUAUGUAAUUUGUUUAUUUAUCAUCCAACAAUAAAUU